AUGGCAUUAGAAGCUAACAAUGAAGCUAUUCAAUGCAAGGUCUUUUCAAUGACUUUCUCCGGGCCAGCUUUGUUGUGGUUCCGACAGUUAAAACCCGGAUCCCUCAACAAUUUUAAUGAUCUCCGACGGACCUUUUUGCAACAAUAUAGUGCGAACCGUGAGGCACCAAGAACAAUGGUUGGCCUCUAUCGGAUUGAGCAAGGGGAAAAUGAACAUCCGAAAACAUAUUUGCAGCGUUUCAUUGACCUCGUGCAUCAAAUCCACGACGUCGAUCCAAUUACCGCAGCCAAUCUCUUCGUCAAAAGCUUGCAGUAUGAUAUCCAGUUCUCGCCACGAAAAGCAAAGAAAGGACAAGUACUUGCUGACUUCUUGGUCGAAAUUCAAUCAUUCACCCCAGGCACCUUGCCAGAAUUGUUAGAAUCAGAAGAUCAAUGGGUGUGGACGAUGCAUACUGAUGGGGCAUCCAAAUCCCAAGGAGCUGGUAUUGGCAUCGUAUUAGAGGCUCCCUCAGGACUCAAAAUCGAGGAGGCCAUUCGUUUAGAGCAAUCCACGAUGAAUAAUGAAGCGGAAUAUGAGGCUCUGAUCCAUGGUUUAGAACUAGCACGAGACAUGGGCAUCCAACGUCUGAAUGUAAGAGGAGACUCACAACUUAUGAUAGAACAAGUGGCUGGGAAUUUCGAUACUAAAGCACCCCAUCUGGCUAGCCUUCUACAGAAGGUAACUGACCUACAAUCACAUUUUCACCAGUUCGAACUCAUACAAGUACCGAGGGAACAAAAUAAGAAGGUCGAUGCCUUUGCCAAAUUAGCCUCUGCAGGAGGUUCCACACGCCAAUCCUCCAUAUCUAUAAGCCGACCAAGCAAAGAUAUGGAAGUUUACUCAACCUCAUCAGAACCUGAGUGUUGGAUGCACCCAAUCAUCCAAUACUUGUCCACCUCUGAACUCCCACCUCAUCCAAACAACGCAAAGCUUCUGCGCCUUCGGGCACAACGUUAUUCCAUUAUCCAUAGAACGCUAUACCGCAAGUCCUUCAACGGCCCUUACCUACGGUGUUUGCGUCCAUCAGAAGCUAAAAAACUGCUAGAAGAGAUACAUGAGGGGACAUGCGGAAAUCACACAGGGGGACAGAGUCUGGCACACAAGGCACUUACAGCAGGGUAUUACUGGCCGUACAUGAUGAAAGAAGCACAUGACUAUGCCAAAAAAUGUGACAAGUGCCAACGAUUUUCACCCACCAUCCAUCAACCUGCUCAAUCUUUACACUCAAUCAUUGCACCUUGGCCUUUCGCAAAAUGGGGUAUGGAUGUGGUAGGCGAACUACCUAAGGCUGUAGGAGGAAGACGAUAUGCUCUGGUAUCCACUGAUUACUUCACAAAAUGGGUUGUGGCAGAAGCAUACGUCACAGUCAGCAAAACAGACACUAUGAUCUUCGUUUGGAAGCAUAUCAUAUGUCAAUUUGGGAUACCGUGGGAGAUAGUCGUGGACAAUGGAACCCCAUUCCAAAAUGCGAAAGUACAAGAACUAUGUGACACAUACAAGAUCAAGCUGAGCUUUGCCUCUGUCACUUACCCACAAGGCAACGGUCAAGCAGAAGCUUCCAACAAAGUUAUUUUUGCCAACAUUAAGAAGAACCUAGAAGAUAAAAAAGGAGCAUGGGCAGAAGAACUACCAAAAGUGUUAUGGGCAUAUAGGACAACAAAAAGAUCCUCUAUGGGUGAAUCUCCCUACGCCAUGGUAUAUGGAACGGAUGCUAUCAUCCCAACAGAAGUGGGUCUGCCUACACUUUGA